CUUCCCAGGUCUGUUUGAAUGGGCUCGUGCGUGCGUUGGAUGCCUUAAUCCGGAUUAGCGGCUCCUUAAAAGUGCUUUCUCCCAUCCAGGAGCAAAUGGUUUUCUGAGGCAAACCUCAAAUGUUGGAUUUGGAGUUGAUAAUGGAAGAAGAUUCUAGCAGCAUCAUUGUUCUAGAAGGCAAUGACGAUGAAAGAAUCUACACAGGAGAGGAUCCCCAUUAUUGCCCGAUGUAUGGCAAAGGUUUUGGCGAUCCAUCGGGCCUCGUAAGGGAGCACGAGACACCCAAGGCAACUGAGAAACGCUACAAGUGCGCGGACUGCGGGAAAGGCUUCAAGAAACGAUCGGCCCUCCUCACCCACGACCGGACUCACACAGGAGAAAAACCCUACAAAUGCUUGGAAUGUGGGAACAGCUUCAGUAACAAAUCCAGCCUGACCAGACACAAGAGGAAACACACCGGAGAAAAGCCAUUUGGUUGCUUAAACUGCGGGAAACGUUUCAGUCAGAGCUCAAGUUUAAUCAGGCAUAUGAGGAAUCACACCGGCCUGAGGCCCUACAUAUGCUCAGAUUGCGGCAAAAGCUUCAAGCAGAGCUCCAGUCUUCUAGUCCAUGGGAGAACUCACACGGGCGAGACCCCGUAUAGUUGUUCCAUCUGCGGGAAACGCUUUUCCCAGAGCUCAAAUCUUGUGAAACAUGAGAGGAUCCACACGGGGGAAAAGCCUUACCGAUGCUCGGACUGUGGGAACACCUUCAGUAACAAGUCUAGCCUUACUAGGCAUAAGAGAAACCACACGGGGCAGAAGCCCUACAAAUGUUCCCAGUGCGGGAAAAAAUUCAAGCAAAGUUCAGGCCUUCUUAAACACGAGAGAAUCCAUACGCGGCCCAUCUUCUCAAAAUAUUCUCAUCCUAGCUUGGAUCCGGAUUCCAAGCUGCCUGUACGCGAGAGAGACCACGUUGGAAAGACCAUAUAAAUGGCUUGCAUUCUAUAAGCCAGGUUUUAUUUGACCCCAGUAACACAAGAUGAGGUUCAAACAGAAUAGAGCUGUAUUUGAAUAGUAGCAGGAAAGUGUUUUUUUGAUAAACAAACCCGGUUUGUGACUGUGGUCUCACCUAUACGGCCAAACCCUUUUGUCUUGCAGCUUUGCAAACAGAGCCCAAAGUGGAAGAUGUUUGAGAUGGGGUGAUGGAGUUUUCAGAGUUUAACCGUUUUUAUUCAUGAAAUAAUUUCCAUGUCAGGAUUCUGGCAGUUACCCCCCCAUUUAAAUCAUGAG